CUGCAGGCGGAGGGCGGGCAGGGAGAGAGCCGCCCUCCCCUCUUUUCCUGCCGCCGGCCGGCGAGCAGCCCGCAGAGGACGCGGGCUCGGCGGCUGCCGCAUAAAAAAUGGCAUUUCAGAAGGCAGUGAAAGGAACUGCUCUCAUUGGAGGAGGUGCCAUAGCAACAGUUUUUGGCCUCUCUCAAUUUUCUCAGUAUAGAAACAAACACGGUGCCUUGGUGCAGGUUCAAGCUGCAGAAGGUGCUCCAGUAAGGAAGGACCAUCUCCCCACGAGAGAGCAGCAGAUUCUGGCCCUGCAGACCAGCGGGGAAUUCGAUGUCCUCGUCAUCGGAGGGGGAGCCACGGGCUGUGGCUGUGCCCUGGAUGCAGCCACCAGAGGACUAAAAACAGCCCUUCUAGAAAGAGAUGAUUUCUCAUCAGGGACCAGCAGCAGGAGCACUAAAUUGAUCCAUGGUGGAGUGAGGUAUCUCCAGAAGGCCGUCAUGAACUUGGAUUUCGAGCAGUACAGGAUGGUGAAGGAGGCACUGGAGGAGCGUGCACACCUGCUGCAGAGCGCGCCCCACCUCUCGGCCCCGCUGCCCAUCAUGCUCCCCAUCUACAAGUGGUGGCAGUUGCCAUACUACUGGGUUGGGAUAAAGCUGUAUGACCUGGUGGCAGGCAGCCAGUGCCUGAAGAGCAGCUAUGUCCUGACCAAGUCCCGGGCCCUGGAGCUGUUCCCCAUGCUGCGCAGGGACAAGCUGGUCGGGGCCAUUGUCUACUACGAUGGUGAGUGGCCUCUCUGCCUCUUGUGUGCUCCUGGGGUCUGCUUUGGGGGUUAAAACACAGCUGUCAGC